UCGUUCCUCUUAACUCGUUCCUCUGAGCACGUUCAAACUUUUAUCCACUUUGUUUUUCUUUAAGGUGGAGGUUUGAAUCCAGGAGUUCAUUCUGAGCUGUUGUCGUCAUGCUGAUCAGAUUCCCAGUGAACCUGUUUAACCUGUGAGGGUUUCAUGGGCUGUUUUCUAAAGAGUUGAUUUGUUCUACUCAAAUGAGGAAGUGGUUGGAGACGAUGUGGUCAGUGCUUCAGUAGAAAGUAAAAAAAAGAAGAGACUGUUUCUUUCAUUUACACCGCUCAGUCUUCAUACAGAAGACAUGGCUGCAGCAUCGGCUCUGGUGACGGAGGACAGUCUUCUUUGUCCGGUCUGUCUGAGUGUGUUCACUAAACCUGUGUCGAUUCCCUGUGGACACAACUUCUGUUUGGACUGUAUAACAGACUACUGGAGCACUCUGUCUGUACUGCAAUGUCCACUGUGCAAAGAGAAGUUUUACACUAGGCCAUUGCUUCGGGUUAACCCUGUCAUUGCUGAAAUGGCAGAAAAGGUUAAAAAAUCUGUUCAAGAAAUGUUUUUGAGUUCAGCUGAAGAAGCAGGAAAUGAGGACGUGCUCUGUGAUUACUGCACAGGGUCCAAGGUCAGCGCCCAGAAGUCCUGUUUAAUUUGUUUAGUGUCCUACUGUCAAAAACAUCUGGAGCCUCAUCAGAGGAUUUCAGCUUUGAAGAAACACAAGCUGAUCGAUCCAGUUAAGGACCUGGAGAGCAGAAUAUGUCGGGAUCACGGUGAGCCUUUGGAGCUAAUCUGCAGACUGGAUCAAAUGUUUCUGUGCCAGUCCUGUAAAUGCGGUGACCAUAAAACACAUGAAACAGUGACUCUGGAGGACGAGGCUGAAAUGAGGAAAACCCAGCUGAGAUUAGAAAAUAACACCAUGGAUCAGAUGAUCCAGGAACGUGAGCAGAAAAUCCAGGAGGUUCAACAGUCAGUGAAGACCAGCAGAAGUAAAGCUGAGGAGGCAUUACUGUACAGCAGGAAGGUGAUGACUGCUUUGGUGGAGUACAUAAAGACAGAGUUCACCAGACUGUCUGAGGCGAUCGAGAUGAAGCAGAAAAUAAAUGAGACGGAGGCAGAAAGCUUUAUUAAUGAGCUGGAGGGAGAAAUUACACACAUGAAGAAGAAGAAACUGCAGUUUCAUGAAGCUUUGCUCAUCAGAGACGACUUCAGGUUCCUGGAGAACGUCCUCCCUCUUACCUACAAUAAACCCCAGCUGAAGGACUGGUCUGCUGUGACUGUAACCAGUGACCAGUUUAUGAUUCAGGAGACCCUGGCUGAGCUGGAGACAGCAGUCAGAGAACAAGUCAGCACGCUGUGUGAUAUAAACUUCAGAGAUGGAAAAAAACAGAGGACGAGUCACAUCUCACUGAAAGACAUCAUCUUAAACAGUUUUCCCAUCAGCUCAGGACCUCCUGUUGUCUACCAGCUGAGACCAAAAAAACAGAAGAUUGGAUCUCUGACCAGAAUGACUGUUGGAGAAAAAAGUUCAUACAGGCCAAAUAAAACCAUCUUACUUGUUGGAGAAACAGGAGCAGGAAAAUCUUCUCUGAUCAACGCUCUGGUCAACUACACCAUGGGAGUGAAGUGGGAGGAUGGAGUCUGGUUUCAGAUCAUAGAGGAGGAGAAGAAGAGUCAAAUAGAAGGACAGACAUCAGAUGUGAUCGUGUACGAGAUCUUUGGCUUUGAAGAUAAAACUCUGCCCUACUCUCUGACCAUCAUCAAUAUUCCUAGAUAUGGAGACACCAGAGGGACUGAACAUGAUGACAUCAUCAGUCAGAGAUUAUUAGACUUGUUUCGAUCAGAGGAUGGAGUUCAUGAAAUUAGUGCAGUGGGUUUGGUGAUGAAGGCGACUGAUUGUCGACUGAGUGACCGACUGCUGUAUAUCUUUGAUUCAGUGAUGUCUCUGUUUGGAAAGGACAUGGAGAAAAACAUUGUAGCUCUGAUGACACACUCAAAUGGAAGAAGACCUAGAAACUCUCUUCAAGUUCUAGAAGUUGCAAACAUUAAAUGUGCCAAAAAUGAGAAGAAUCAGCCUGUUCACUUCCUGUUUGAUAACCAACAGCAUGAAGAUCGAACAGAAGAAAAUGAAUAUUUAAAACAUUCAUGGGAACUUACACAGGAAAACAUUAAUCAGUUGUCAGACUUCAUGAGAAAUUGUAGUUCUAAAAACCUGAAGAACACAGUCGAAGUGUUAAAUGAAAGAAUCGGACUGAAAGCCUGCAUCAAAAACCUGCAAGAGAGAAUUGAGUAUAUUCAACUGAAACAGACAGAAAUCAGACAGAUGCGAGAAGCUCUGAAGAAACAGACAAAUUACAGAAAUAAAACUGAAAGUGAGAAAAUGUUGAGUCUUUUGGAAAAUCUUGAUAAGGAAAUGAAACAGCUGACAGUAGAGAAUUCCCAGUUCCUGGACGAGUCCUACCAACAUGUUGUCAGACUGGAGCAGAUUGCUCUGAAAGCUGAAUCAGCAUCCACUAUUGUCCACUUGGACUUCCUGAUUGAGAAGAUGAAGCAGAAAGGAGACACAGAGAAGGUCCAGAAACUGGAGGAGAUGAAAAGAGUGGAGGAAAAAAACAGAGCAGCAUAUUGGUACAAGUUUACUCAAACAUCAUGAGCUAUCAAAAACAUUGGUAGAUCCUCGGCCUGGUAUAAAUGAAACAUGUAUAGAAGCAUCAGGCAGCUGUGUAGAUGGCUUUUUUACAGAUACAGCUCUAUGCUACAUGUUCAGAUAUACACCAUGUUUUUUUGUUUAGCUGACAGAUGGCUUAUUACCAUUUAAAAAAGCCUAUUAGAAAUUAAUUACUUAUUGAUUAUUGAUCAGCACUGACAUCUCUACUUAGAGAGCAGGUAGUUUGUUUAGCAGUGUUUUGGUCCUAAGGAGAAGUUACUGUGGCUCAGUGUUUGUUUUAUACAUCUGACAUCAAAUCUGUACCAAAUACAACAUGUGCCUCCACGUGCUUUGGUGAUGCCUGAAGAAAAAAGUCGAUUACUUCCAAAUUUAUUUUCGUCUCAAUAAAAAAAUUUUUAUUUAAAAAUCCCCCAAAUAUGUGAGAAAUGUCAUUGAAUUCACAGAAUAUAAACAUAGCAGAAAAAUAUAAAAACAUGAAAAUGAUUAAUCAGUGAAAGAUGAUGACCUUUCCUUCAAAGGUCUCAUGUACAGAGCUUUUAAUCAUGUCGUAAUAUUAUUUUGUAUUUUUAUGGCGGCUGAUAGAUAAUUUAAUGCAAGGGAUUGAUUUGUGAUGCGGACAUAAGGUCCUCCUUCUAAGACGGGAACAUCAUGUAUGUUUUCAUAUUUUAUCCAGUUAUUAAAAAAAAUAUAAAUUCUUAUUUAUAGAAAAUACUUUGAGUUAUUGAUUUUUCUUUAUUAAUAUACAUGCAUUUCACACAGAUAUUUGUACUUAUGUAUCAGCACAUGACUAAUAUUACGACAUAGACCCCACAGUGAGUUAUUAUGCAGAGCAGAACAGGUCUGAG